AUGUGGCGCGGAGGCAAGGGCAAGGGCGGUGGCAAGGGCAAGGGCGGCGGCAAGGGCUACGGCUACCGCGGCGGCGGCUACCGCGGCGGCGGCGGACGCGCGCCGGCGGCGCCAAUGUCGUGGAAGCGCAAGGCUGCAGACGACAAGGACGCGCUGCCGGCGCUCUCCCACCGAGCAGAGCUGCUCACGGCCCUGCGCAACCACGGUGUCGCGGUCGUGUCGGGUGACACGGGCUGCGGCAAGUCGACGCAGGUGCCGCAGUUUCUGCUCGACGCGUCAACAGCCAAUCGCAUCGUCGUCACGCAGCCGCGGCGGCUGGCGGCGCGCGCGCUGGCCGAGCGGGUGGCGUCGGAGCGCGGCUCGACGCUGGGUCGGACGGUGGGGUACGCCGUCUCGCGCGACAAGGCGACCACGCUCGGCACGACGCGGCUCACCUUUAUGACCGUCGGCCUGCUGCUGCAGCUGCUCAUCUUCAAGCGGGACGAGGUGGAGGCGGCCUUCACGCACAUCGUCGUGGACGAGGCGCACGAGCGGGACGUCGACCUCGAUCUCCUCCUCCUCCUCCUCAAGCGGCGCAUGAAGGCCCAGGCAAACAAACUCCGCGCCGCUCGCGCCUCUGCCGCCGCCGCCGCCGACACCGCCGCCGAGCCUCCUGCGGCGGCCUCUGGCGCCGAGGCGGGCGGCGAGGAGGCGGGCGGCGAGGAGGCGGGCGAGGAGGGCGCGGGCGAGGAGGGCGUGGGGCAGCCGCUCAAGCGGCCGCGCCUCGACCCCGCGGCCGCUGCCUCUGAGGGCGGGGCGAAGCGCGGGGCGAAGGGCGAGGCUCCGGCCGACGGGCUGCGGCUGGUGGUGAUGAGCGCGACGAUCGACGCGUCCGCGUUCGCAGAGUACUACCGCGGCUGCUCGCUCGCGCCCCCUGCAGCCGACGCCGCCUCCUCCGCCUCCGGCGCCUCCUCGCUCGCCCCGGUGGCCUGCUACUCGCUCGACGACCUCGUCGCCGCGAUGCCCGAGGCACUCCUCGCCGCCCACCCGCCCAGGACGCGUCCCCACCCGCCCAGGACGUGCCCAGGACGCGUCCGUGGGUCCGCACCGCAGGCGCCAAAG